AUCUCCGUCAUUUCAACGCAGCUUCACCCAAACUCAAACUCAAUAAUCGCUUUUGCGAGCAAAUAAUCGCUUUUCAGAUAAUCUCUCAAAACUUCAACCAUGUCGUGGCAAACUUACGUCGAUGAUCACCUUCUCUGUGAUAUCGAAGGUAACCAUCUCACUCAUGCAGCUAUCCUCGGUCAAGACGGCAGCGUUUGGGCUCAGAGUGCUAAUUUCCCUCAGUUUAAGCCUGAGGAAAUUACUGCUAUCAAUAAUGAUUUUGCUGAGCCUGGGACACUUGCUCCAACUGGAUUACACAUUGGUGGCACUAAAUAUAUGGUGAUUCAAGGUGAACCUGGAGCUGUCAUUCGAGGGAAGAAGGGUCCUGGUGGUGUUACUGUGAAGAAGACCACUCUGGCUUUGGUGAUUGGUAUUUAUGAUGAACCAAUGACUCCUGGUCAGUGCAACAUGGUAGUUGAAAGGCUUGGUGAUUAUCUCGUUGAACAGGGUCUCUAAGCCCCUCAACAUAUCUUAUUACAGUUCAUAUUUCAUUGGCUUCUGUACAAGGUUUUUGCGUCGAUCUCGAAUGGGAUAUGCUUGAUUGCAGUGUAAUAAUUAUUUUGGAUAUUGGGUCUGGUGUGGCGAAGAAGUGUUUGGUGCUUGAGAAAUGAUAACUAUAAUCUUUGUCUUUGUACUUUUUUUUAGUGGGUACCCUAUACAUUAAAGUGGUUUUAAAUUCUAAUGCUAUGGUAUAAUGGUUGUGGCA